UGUAAAUGCGUGUCGAUUUUGUAUAGUCGUCCUCACAAAAAAUGGAAGGAAGGUUGAAAUGGAGGACCCGGGUUAGGGCGACCCCUACGUCCUUAUGCCUCAAAGGAGGGCAACGCACUGCAGAAUGUAGGACGUGGUUGGGAAAUAUGGAGGACCUGGCCACAUAAAACUCUUAACGCACUCGUAGAAGUUGUAAAUCCAUGCUUCUUAGUGGUGCUUAGGAAAUGGAGGACGUCUUUGGAAUUGAAGGUCAAAAUGUAGGAUAGGUCCUGGAAAGUGAGGACCCCGGAUCGAGUGACCCAGGUGUCCUGAUACCUCAAAGGAGGACCAGGCGCCGUAAAAUGUAGGGCGUUUCGAGGGGAGAUAGGGAGGACGUGGCCCAGGUGUCCUCAUUGCCAAGGAGGACACGGCCACACAAAAAAGGGCAAAAACACACGCUCACAGAAAUGUAAAUUCAUGCUUCUUAGUCCACUUCACAAAAUGAAGGACGUUUUGGAACCCCUGGAAGGAAGGUUGAAAUGGAGGACAGGUCCUGGGAAAGGAGGACAUGUGUUAGGCUGAACGGAUGUCCUUAUACCUCAAAGGAGGACCAAGCACUGCAAAAUGUAGGACGUGACCACAUUAAACUCAAAAGCACUCUCAUAGAAAUGUAAAUUCAUGGCUCUUAGUUGGCCUCACAAAAUGGAGGACGUUUUUGCACCUGCUCCUGGAUGAAAGGUUGAAAGGGAGGACAGGAGAAUGAGGACCCAGGUUGGGGUCUCCAGAUGUCCUAACCUCACAGGAGAACAAGGCACUGCAAAAUGUAGGACACGCAAGGGAAAAAUAUGGAGGCUAUGACCACAUAAGUAGCUCAAAAACAUUCUCAAAGAAAUGUAAAUUCAUGCUUCUUAGUCAUGCUCAGAAUGGUGGACAUUGUGGAAUUCCUCCUGGAUUGAAAUGUAGGACAGACUCUAGAAAAUGAGGACCUGGAUUACAGUGACCAGAUGUCCUCACCACCAAGAAAGACACAACCCCAUAAAAAAGGUCAACAACACUCUCACAGAAAUGUAAAUUCAUGCUUGUUAGUCAUGAUUGAUCACAAAACAGAGGACGUUUUGGGAUUGAAGGUUGAAAUGUAGGACAGGUCCUGGAAAGUGAGGGCCUGGGUUAAGGUGGCCAGAUGGCUAACCACAAAGGAAGGCAAGGCACUGCAAAACGUAGGACAAUGUGAAGGGAAACAUGGAGGACACAGCCAUAUGAAAAGCUCAAAAACGCAGAAAUGUAGAUUCAUGCUCAAAAUGUAGGGCAUCAUGGAAUUCAUUCCUCCUGGACAGAAUGUUGAAGUGUAGGACAGGUCCUGGAAAAUGAGGACCUGGAUUAGGUGACCCAAUGUCCUCACCGCCAAGGAGUACUAGGUACUGCAAAAUGUAGGGCAUUCAAAGAAGAAAUGAAGGACAUAACUACAUUAAUAGUGAAUUGCUUGGACCGCCAUGCACAACAUUCCCCAGACAGAGUAGCUUUAAUCUGGGAAAAAGAUGAACCUGGCACUGAAGAGAAAGUCACCUAUAGGGAACUUCUGGACAUGACUUGCCGCCUUGCCAACACCUUAAAGAAAAAUGGAAUUAAAAAAGGAGAUCGAGUCGCUAUCUAUAUGCCAGUUUCUCCACUGGCAGUGGCUGCAAUGUUGGCUUGUGCCAGAAUUGGUGUUGUCCACACAGUUGUCUUUGCUGGCUUCAGUGCAGAAUCCUUAGCAGGGCGGAUCAAUGACUCUGAAUGCAAAGCAGUCAUCACCUGUAACCAGGGUCUCAGGGGAGGACGAAUCAUAGAACUGAAGAAAACAGUGGAUGAAGCUGUGAAGAAAUGUCCAAGCAUCAAGCGUGUCUUUGUGGCUCAAAGAACUACCAGCAAAAUCCACAUGAGAAGUCAUGAUGUUCUCCUUGAAGAAGAAAUGGCUAAAGUGUCUUCCAUUUGUCCCCCUGAAAUCAUGGACAGUGAAGAUAUGCUAUUUAUGCUUUAUACUUCAGGAAGCACAGGGAAGCCUAAGGGAAUUGUUCACACCCAAGCAGGCUAUCUGCUUUAUGCUGCCAUAACGCACAAGCAUGUAUUUGACCUCAAGCAAGAUGAUAUUUUUGGUUGUGUGGCUGAUAUUGGUUGGAUCACAGGACACAGCUAUGUAGUAUAUGGACCACUCUGCAAUGGAUGCACCACAGUUCUGUUUGAAAGUACUCCUGUUUAUCCUGAUCCAGGUCGCUAUUGGGAAACUGUGGAAAGAUUAAAAAUAAAUCAGUUUUAUUGUGCCCCUACUGCCUUACGUUUGCUGCUGAAGUAUGGAGAUGAAUAUGUGAAGAAAUAUGACAGAUCUUCUUUAACUAUCCUUGGAUCAGUGGGAGAACCAAUAAACCAUGAAGCAUGGCAGUGGUUCUACGAUGUGGUAGGAGAUGGAAGGUGUACUGUUGUGGACACAUGGUGGCAAACAGAAACUGGUGGGAUUUGCAUUGCACCUCGGCCUUCAGAAAAAGAAGCUGAGAUAAUUCCAGCUAUAGCAAUGAGGCCCUUCUAUGGGAUUAACCCAGUACUGAUGGAUGAGAAGGGAAAUAUUUUAGAAGGUGGUGAUGUCUCUGGUGCCCUUUGCAUUGCACAGCCCUGGCCUGGGAUGGCACGUACAAUCUAUGGAGACCAUCAGAGAUUUAUAGAAGCUUAUUUUAAAACUUACCCAGGUUAUUAUUUCACAGGGGAUAGUGCUUACAGAACCAAAGAAGGCUAUUAUCAGAUAACAGGGCGAAUGGAUGAUGUCUUAAACAUCAGCGGACACAGACUUGGAACUGCUGAGAUUGAAGAUGCCAUGGAUGAACAUCCUGCCGUGCCUGAAACAGCUGUGAUUAGUUAUCCCCAUGAUAUCAAAGGAGAGGUUGCAUUUGCUUUCAUUGUGCUAAAAGAGCACACAGCACAUCCAGAAGUUGUUACCAAAGAGCUAAGAGAAAUAGUUGCCUCUAAGAUAGCCAAAUAUGCUGUGCCUGAUCAUGUCCUGGUAGUGAAACGUCUCCCCAAAACACGUUCUGGAAAAAUCAUGAGACGGUUGCUCCGAAGAAUAGUAACAGGUGGUGUUAAUGAUAUGGGAGAUAUCACCACAUUGGAUGACCCAAGUGUCAUUGCAGAAAUACUGGAUGCAUUUGAGAAUUACAAAGCUAAGCAUCCUACAUUUUGAUGGGAAGCUGUGGAAAUUAGUUCCCAGAAUAACAAAAGGAAUCGCCAAAUCGCCAUAUCUCCUUAUACUCAUUGGAGGAAUUCUGCUUAAUUCAAGUGAGCAUGAGAAGAUCUUUCCUCCUUAACAAUACUGUAUAUCACAAGUAUGACUCUUGUGUGUACAUCACUCCACUUUUCUAUGUCUUACCAAUCUUUGAAACUGGUCCAGACAUAGUUUAGCUCUUGAAAGUUUGAAGACUUUCUUUCUCUAACAUUUUUUAAAAUACGUUGUUAAAACAGCACUGUGGGGAAACUGUAAACAGCAGGCAUGAGUUUUAUCUUCAUAUCUGUGCCUUAGAAAAUAUAAUGCAUCUUUUCAAAUUUUGUAUCAGAGAAAUGCAGUGGAGGGAGAAUGUGAGUUGUGCUUGCCUCUCAACCUAAUGACAAGAAAAAGAAAGCUUUGAGGAAUGCCCUUUAGUGGGGAGCAACUUAAAUAAUGCAAACCUAAUUCUUUUCCUCCUUUUUCUUCUUCUAUUGCAAUAGCAAGUGCAUUUCUAUACUGCUUAUCAGUAAAUUAACACUCCCUAAGCAGUUUACAAUGUGUAAGCCAAUUGCCCGCAACAAGCUGGGUACUCAUUUUACUGACCUACAAAAGGAUGGAAGGCAGAGUGGACUCUGGAACCCUGCUUGGGAUUGAACUCACAACCUUGUGGCUGCAGUACUGGCAUUUAACUACUGCACCACCAGGGCUCCUACUAUCUCUUUUUUUAUAGUGUCAGGGAAUUUUUUUUAUCCCUCCAUAUUUUGAAGCACACCUUCAAGAGUUUUACCUCUGUAGUGGCACACUAUUCAGUCAUCACAUCUUGGUUGUCUUUUCAGCAGGGAGGAAUUUCUUACCAAGUAAUGUUAUUAUUCUCUCUUUCACACACAUACAGCUUUAAGCACAGGCAAGCCAUGACCAGGUCCAAGUUCAGGGUUAAUGGGGAAUGUGUAACAGGCUGCUGUAAAUUCAGGGUCAAUCUAAUUAUUCUGUACCACUGCCACCUGUCUCAAAAAGAGUCUUGGAAGGAGGUGAUAUUUUCAGACAGUUUGGCAGUGAAUAAAUCUGCAUAAGAGCAGCUUGCAUUUUCUCCUGUGAUGGUGGUGGACAAACUCUCCACCACAUUUUUUGUACCUCAGUGUGAUUAUUAUUCAGCAAGAGUUUGCAGCCACAUUAUGCUCAAGUUCUACUGCAUUUUUACUGAGUGUCCAAAAGGAUGUUUCCUCUUGUGGCCCAUUGGAUGAAAUCUCAUCUUCUCGUCUGCCCUUAUCUAGAUGAUCUGUUUAAUAAGAUAUUUUUUCCCAACACAGUCUAUGAUAUAUACAGAUGACGCUAAUGUCUCUUGCACAACCUGGUUUUCUUGCAAAUUUUGGGAAGUCAUCUUUGCUUUUCAGAAGACUUGCAGUAUCUUGACACAAGAUACUCACAUGUAAUCUAGGCUAGUUUUUCUUCCUGUGGACCAGAAUUCAGAGUAUUUUGUAAGUGGUCAACUGUUAUUUCAUCAGCAACCCCAGAUAUCGUCCUUUGGACAUGGUUGCAGACCCCAAUGAUUUUGAAAAUACACUGGGCUUAGGGCUCAGUUCCAUGCCAGACAACUGCAGUGGCUCGUCUUCCAUAGAAGCACUAGACCACGCUGAUGAAACAUCUCAAACUCAUGUGUGCAUGUCAAUGAUUUGGUCUCUAAGGUGGUGGGCUUGGUUCAGAAGUCAAGAAGAGGAAUCUAUUUUUGGAAGAUGCACAAGAUUCAGGUAACCAUAGAUGGUGGUCAGUGGGGCUGCCAUCCUCACAUAGUUGAAUGUCUAUGGAAUCUGGGGGAUGAGAACUGGUUGUUGCUGAAGACCUCAGAUUAACUUGCAUUCUCCUAGAGUUGGCAAAGCAAGCCACCUUGACUGUUGCUGAAGACCUUCAUUCCAGACUACCAUUAUGGGACAUAAAAUGUGUAUUCUGAUGCUCAAGUAGAUAGAUAAAGCUUAUAUUGUGAAGUGUCCGGAGCUCUCUUGUUUCAAAAGGUUAUUUCUCAUUCUGCUAGAAUUUGGUUACAAAUACCUUGUUGGUAGACAUUUGUAUAGGGCUGCUAGGUGGAACUCGGUUUCCACUUUUUUGAGGCAUUACAAGUUGGAUGUGUUUGUUUCUGCUGAGUUCAGUGGUCCCCAAACUGUUGUCUUCAAGGGAUUUUGGACUUCAGCUCUCAGAAUCCCAGACUAUUGGCCAACAUAGCUGAGGAUUCUGGGAGCUGAAGUCCAAAAUCUCUUAAAGGCCAUAGUUUGGGGACCACUGCUUUAGUUGCCAUGUAUUUUGGUCAGUUUGGAGCUGAACAUAUAUAUUCUGCAGGCACCAGCAGACCUCCCUCAUGGUUUAUAGGAAGCUCUAAUAUGUCUCAUGUCAGCAUACCCUCUCUCCACUGCUGGAGAAAGGAAUGUUGGUACUUAGCAUAUUCAUUUUCAGUAGUGGAAAGAGGACUUCCUUCCAUGCUGAUAAUUUUUUUUGCUGAAUAAUUUCUGUCAUGUAUUGACAUAACAAAUUAUCUUCUUCUUUCUGCUUACCAUUUUUCUUCCCUUUUGGUUUUGUAUGAAGAUUUGCUUGUCUAGGUCCUAGAGAGCACUCCUCAAAACUUUCUAUUUCUGAAUAAGGGAGGAGUAACCAAUACCAAGAUAUUUUACCUCCAUUCUGAAAGCAAACAUAUUAUCAUAGGAACAUUCAUUUCGUAGCUAUUCAGAUAGGUUGGAUUUUUCAGUGCUUGAAUAUUUUUCAUUACUUCAAGAGAUUCUAAAUAUUGUAAUUACAAGUAUGGUGUUUUCUGUAUUGAAAUAACUAAGAGAAAACAUUCUUCUAAUUUUUAAGUACUGUAUUGGAAAGCCAAAUCAUGUUUUUAAUUCAAUUAUUUUUGAAAUAAGGUGUAAUAGUCAAAGCUUUGUAUAAGGGAGCCUUAUUUUGUUGUUUAUUGUACUGCAAUUUUCAUUUGUUUUAAAUCUGAAAAGUUGUUCUCAAAUUAACCCAGCAAUGUAACAAUGGGAAAAAUUUUUAUACACUCAAACAUCUAUGUAAGCAUCAUGGUAUCAAGAUUAUAUUCAUUAUGUUGGGUGAUCACAUUGGCCCAACUCACAGUAA